UCCCAGCUGAAGGACAUUUGUACUAAAGUUGUUGCAGCUAUGGGAACGGAACAAUCAAAACCAGCAGCAGCAGCAGCAGCAGCACCAGCAGCACCAGCAGCACCAGCAGCACCAGCAGCACCAGCAGCACCAGCAGCACCAGCAGCAGCAGCAGCACCAGACUACAGUCCUCUCCCACGGAGACGUCUGGUUAUGAGUCGACGUUAUGGUCCGGAAACCCCACCACCUUCCCCACUAUUGAGAGGUCCUUGGAGACAAAUAUCGUGGGGAGACAAUGGGACAGAUCUGAAGUACGUGAAGGACUAUCAACCAGAAAAUGAUGAAAUCAGUCAUCUCAGAAUUUUGCUGUACGGACCAGUUGGUGCUGGAAAGUCCAGCCUCAUCAACUCUGUCAGCACUGUUGUCAGAGGGAGAAUGGCCAUCCCAGCGUCAGCCAGCGGUAUCAGCUCUGACAAAAGUCACACAAAGAUGUAUGAAACCCAUAAAAUCCAGAAGGAAGGAAGAGGAAACUUCUACCCCUUUGUGUUCAAUGACAUCAUGGGUUUGGAAGAAGGGGCUGACAACGGAGUUAAUACACAUGACAUCAAACUGGCUCUGAAGGGACGUGUGAAAGAGGGUUAUAAGUUCAAUCCUGUAUCUCGCCUGUCCAAUGACGAUCCUGGCUACAACUCCUCACCAUCGCCAGAUGACAGAGUCCAUGUUCUGGUUUGUGUUUAUUCUGCCAAUGCCAGUGAAGUGAGAUCCUCCGUUUUAGAAAAAAUGAAGGAGAUCCGAGAAGCAGCCACUGAGUUGGGUAUUCCUCAACUGGCUGUUCUUACCCACAUUGAUGAGGCGUGUGGUGAAACUGAAGAGAGCCUGAGGAACGUCUACAGGAGCAAAUAUCUGAAGAAAAAGAUGUCAGACUUCAGCUCCAAACUGGGGAUUCCAAUGAACUGCAUUCUCCCUGUGAAAAACUACAGUCAUGAAACCAGCUCAGAUGAGGAUGCCAACACUCUGAUCCUAAAUGCGCUGAAACUGAUGUUUGACUUUGGCGAUGACUUCAUCAACAAACUAUAAAGAGGCAGCGUGUUUUUUUGACGAGUGUCACUGCAUGAAUUAUGGCUUUGCUUACCUACUCUGUCAUAAGGAAUCUAUCAAACCAGCAACACCCACCACAGUCCCAAUCAUUCACAAUGUAAAUGUUAUCAUUUUACCUCAGUAGCUUUCAGGUCAUGUGAUCAAUUAAUGCAUGACAUACAGUACACCUCUCCUUGUCACAUUUAAAAUCUCUUCAUAAUUAUAACAUUGUAUAUGUAAAUAUUAUCUCAUUAGCUCCUCUACAGCUUUAAACGCAGUAUCUGCAUAUAUCCCACAUUUUAUUUUGAAAACAGGAAGUCAGGACACCUUCAGCCCUCUUCCCUUUGUUUACUGUAAAGUCUGUUGAGUGUAUGCAUUGACGUCACUUCCCCACUGGACCAGCCCCCUUACUGCACUGAGUGGCAAAAACAGCUGCAACUAGUGGAGAAGACGAGAUAACAGCUGAUUAUGGGCUUAAAUUAAAGACAGUUGGACUUGACAGUGACCCGUACAGUUACCAAGAACCAGUGGUCCAUGGACAUUAAUAUUUGGUACAGUUACCAAGAACCAGUGGUCCAUGGACAUUAAUAUUUGGUACAGUUACCAAGAACCGGUGGUCCAUGGACAUUAAUAUUUGGUACAGUUACCCCAAGAACCAGUGGUCCAUGGACAUUAAUAUUUGGUACAGUUACCAAGAACCAGUGGUCCAUGGACAUUAAUAUUUGGCCACGAAUCCAGUUUCCUGAUAUUUAUAUGUACUUCAUUUCUACGCCGUGGAAAUACAGGAAACAAAGCUUGAAGGCAUACAAAAGUCUUGACGCUUGGUCCGACUUCAAGGCAGGAUUUGUUGGCGAAAUGAAAGUAAUGAGGACACCGAACUUUAUGAUUUGACCGUUUUACGUUAGCUACCCAAAAAUCCAACAUUACUUGAUACAAAACGGGAACCGCAAAUCCAUGUUUCGGUGCCUGGAAUCCAGUUGUUUCUGUGAAUUGCAGCGAUCCAUUUGUCCCUCUUAAGCUUAUUUUUCGGCAGUAUUUAAAACGAUAACUCUGAUUUCCUGCUAAAUCUAUGAGUACAGUUGAUUGCACAACAGCUCUUUCCCAUUUUAGAUGUUUUCCAGUUGCUCAAACUGAAAGUCUACGCUGCUACUCAGUCUUUCGGCCACUCAGUCUUUCGGCCACUCAGUCUUUCGGCCACUCAGUGGGUGUAACCCAGUGUGAAGUCACCCAUCUGUGACGUCAUGCGCAUUCCCUCUAUAUGCUGCCCUUGAAAUGUUGGAGCGGCUUGCUAAGAGUCGCACUGGACCCUGAGCAAAUGAGAGGUUUACCCAGAGCAAAUGUUUGUGCAAUAUCCAACUUAAAACUAACGUCACUGCAGUCAUUUACCACCGAUAUAUUAUGGCGACCCCCAAGAAUGCCCACUGUUAUUUACAGUCACAUCGAUGGUCGCUGUCCCACUCUGGCCUGCGUAUCGCCCGCAAUUAUGACUUGCCGUUAUGAAUGUAUGAACAGACUUGCAAGUGGUGGUGAGGCAGGAGUGGGAUAUUGAGAAGUCGAGGGACAUGUCCUCGCUGUCCCCAGUGGAAUUCUGCUUAUGCAGUGCAGCGUCGUUGCAGAGAGAGGAGCAAUAAAACAAAGUUGCAGACAGAAUUAUUUACUUUCUUUAUCAGCAUGUGACAAAGAAAGCAAAACUAUUUGCAUGAGUGAACCACGUGGUUUAUAAUAAAUCAACCAGCCUGUAGUUUUAGCAGAACAUGAAUUAAUCAUUUUUCACUGGCAGACAGAGUGAACAGAAGAUCAGAUUAAACAUGACAAAGAGUACCCUCAAAAUGUUUAUAAUCAAUUUUAUUUAAGUAUGCAAAGUAAGUAAAUAAAUGGGAAUGUUGAACUUGAAUUUUGUUUUCCAGCAGUGUUACAAGUGUCCUGCAUUAACUAAAAUGUGAAAAUAAAGUCUGGAUCC